GUUUCUCCUUUGCUGGAGAGUAGCUAGUGUCAGAGGUAUAGCUGUGGCACCCCUUCAGAAAGAACUCCAGAGAAGUGCUGAGACUAACAAGAAAUAUCCCUUAGACAACAUGAACCUCAAGAAAAUAAUUCCCGCGGCUGUCUUCGGCGCCUCCUUCCUGGUCUUCUUGCAGUUCCAGUCAUACGAGACCGUGUGGCGCCUCCUCUCCGGGCCAGUCGUUGCAGAGAGACUGGCAACGGGGGGGCGCGGCGCCGUGGCUGACCCGCCUGGGGCACCCGAACCCGUCGGAUCGCCACGCCCCUCUCCCCCGGCUUCUGAAGAAUCGCCACGCCCCUUGCCUCCGGCUCCUGAAGGAUCGCCUCUCGUCCAGCCAGGCGAGAAGUCGUCCCCGCUCAAGAAAGUGGUCGUCCUCUCGACCAGGUUCUUCAGACUGGCGAACAGCUCGAUGCUCUUGUCCCAGGGCUGUCCCGAGUGGCGGUGCCUCAUCACCUCGAACGCGAGCGAGGCUGAGAGCGCGGACGCCGUUGUCUUUAACACCAAGUUUACAGGUCCGAAUACGGUGCCCAGGAAGCGCCACGCCCACCAGCGUUACAUCUGGGUGAACCACGAGUCGCCAGUGAAUACCCGCAGGAGGCUUAUAAAGAAAACGCAUUUCUUUAACUGGACCUACACGUACCACACAAACUCGGAUCUCUUCUCCCCUUACGGCGCGCUCGUGCCGCUCGCGGCAAAGAAGCUCCCCGUGCGAGCGCCGACCCCCAGCGACAGCAGAAGCACUUUCCUCGAGUACAAGCAGGACCUCGAGGCCGGAGUCUCGCUCGAGGACGACUCGAGCCGAGACUGGUCGGCGUUCCUCCGUCGCCCUCGACUGGCGGCGUGGAUGGUCUCGCACUGCCGCACUUCCUCGCAUCGCGAGAGGUACGUGAAGAAACUACAAGAGUACAUUCCAGUGACCGUGUAUGGGAGGUGCAGUAGGAGGAGGUGUGUAAAGUCUAGUCAGAACAAGGUGUGCUUCACUUCGGUCCUGGUUCCAAGCUACUCGUUCUACCUGUCCUUUGAGAACAGCAUCUGUAACGAUUACAUAACGGAAAAGCUUUGGAACGCCCUGCAGUACGGCCUGGUGCCUGUCGUGUAUGGAGGAGCCAACUACUCGGCCCUUCUUCCUCCCAAUUCCUACAUUGACGCCAACACAUUAAAACCGGAAGACCUCGCCAAGCUACUUAAAAGUAUUGCGGCUUCCCCUCGAGAGUACGGCCGUUACCACCUAUGGAGACUUUAUUGGAAAGUAGUACAAAUGUGGCCUCACUGUGAACUAUGCUACAAGUUACACAACGACCAUAAUGUUACCAUUUACUCAAACGUGUAUAGCUGGUGGGGCACCGUUGGGAAAUGCAGGAGAUCUACAAUUAUCUAAUUAUCUUCCUCUCUCUUCAAAAUAAAUAAUUGCCAGCAGGAAA